AUGCCCUCAUCAUGUAAAGACAUCCGUGCCGCGCUGGCCGAAUGCCUCCAGAACAGCGACUGCAUCAUGGUGCAGCGCAACUCGCCGUCGGACUGCCUGCGGCCGCCGCUCUCCGACACGCUCCCCACGCGCUGCCAGCAGCUCAAAAAGGGCUACGGCGAGUGCAAGCGCGGCAUGGUUGACAUGCGCAAGCGCUUCCGCGGCAACAAGCCCGUCGGCGUCAUGUCCAGCACCGAGCUCGACGUGCAGGGCAAGACGGACGAGAAGAAGGGUGGACAGCUCUACGCCGGCAAGCCGCUGUUCGACGUCAUAAAGGGAACGGAUGGGAACGAGGACAGCAAGAGUAGCGGGGAGGGGAGAUGA